AUGCCGUUGCGCGAGAUCCUCCAUAAAAAGGACCGGCUGGACAACGCCAGUGACCAAUAUUCACCAGGUACAUUCGAUGCUCACGCAAACCCGGUACCUGAGAUCAGGUUCAUCCGCUCCGACACCACUACCCAGGAAAUCAUCAUCCCACCUUCGCAACCGGGUGAUGAUGAAGAUCGCCUAGCCUCCCCGCGGCCCUCCUCCUCCUCCUCCCAUCGCAGAUCGCUGAAUCCUUUCCACCGCUCACGGACACCGUCCGAAUCGCAGGAACCUGGGUCGCCAAGGGAGCCAAGGGAACGACGGCUAUCCAACUUCUUGCGGCGCGGCUCUUCGUCAUCUUCCGUCAACCUUCCGCCGGACCUUCCGCGGAUAGCAUUCAAUGCUGGUGAUGAUCAGGAGCGCGAAGCACAAUGGGAGAAACGGGCGACUGUUCUUGCGCAACGAAGCCCGCAGUAUGGAUCACCGAGCCAUUCGCCUGCCCCGUCCACGAGUCUUGGUUCGGAGAACGUACGGCCUCGGUCUCGAAGUUCCAGCCACAGUCGGGUAAACGAUCCGCAGGGAGAUGUCAAUAUUCUAGAGGCGAUCAGACUUCAUGAAGCUGGUGAGCUGGAACAGUCGACAAACAUGUUUGCACGAUUAGCGGACCCCAAUGGUGCCAACAAUGCCCUAAGUCAGGUGCUCUACGGGCUUGCUCUGAGGCAUGGCUGGGGCUGCACUCCGGACCCAGAGACAGCGGUGAACUAUCUUUCCGCUGCGGCGUCCAACUCGGCAUCCAUCGAAGCCCAAGCUCUCGAGGCAGGGCUCAAGAAAGGCGGCGCCGCCAAAGGCGAGCUUGUCCUUGCUAUUUUCGAGUUAGGAAACUGCUUCCGCAAUGGCUGGGGUGUGAAGAAAGAUCCGGCAGCGGCGCGACAGUACUUCGAGACAGCUGCCAAUCUAGGCGAUGCGGAUGCCAUGAACGAAGCUGCCUGGUGCUACCUCGAGGGUUUCGGAGGCAAGAAAGACAAAGUAAGUGGCUGGCUGAAUGAUCUUCCUCUACGCAAAGCCGUGGCCCUCAUCUUUACUUGGGCAUCCAUGCUGUUAUCUCGCUUCACUGUUCUGGCACCGUUGAACCCUAAUCCAUGA